CUACACACACUUGUGCCAAUGCCAGAGGAACGCUCACACAGCAGAUAUUAAAUCAAUGCUGAAGACUCGCACGUUCUGCAGAAAUAUCCCCAAACAAUUGAAUGGAAGGAAGUUGCUCGUCACGGUCUUUUUCCCUCCGUGAAGGCGCAUUUCCUUCCUAGCACUGGCUUCUCACUUAUCUGGCUCGUUGGGAGAAGUAUGGGGAACGGCUGACCAGCUGCAAAAUGGAUCGGGGAUUUGCACUGCUGCUACUCAGCUGCCUACACUGGGGCCUCUCAGGAGGCUUUCUCAUUCUUCAUGACCAGAAAAAUCAGUGCAUUAUUGUUAAUAAGCUUGUAAGUGUUGGAAGAUGUAACUUGACAAACCGUGGCCAGCAGUGGAAAUGGACAGAGGAUGGAAAGCUUCAGCAUGUCAAGUCUGCCAUGUGCCUUGGUAUCUCCAACUCUUCAGCCACACAUUCUCGCCCUGCCAUAAUGGUAUCCUGUUUCAAGGCCCCCAAGUGGAUAUGCCAUGAAAAUGAAAAUCUACUUGAGGUUGCAGAGACCUCUCUUUUCCUCAGAAAGCAAGGGCCAAGGCUUGUAGUAAGAAAGGGGAUAAAAUACCCCAAUACAUGGAGAAGGAUUGAAGUGGAUGAUCGAGGAGUGGCUAGCAACUGGAGCUUGUGCACAGAGCCACCAACCAAUAGGCCACAUACAAGAAAGCCACCAACCAACAGCCCACGUACAGCAAAGCAACCAACAAACAGCCCACAUACAACAAAGCAACCAAACAGCCCACGUACAGCAAAGCAAGCAACCAACAACCCACGUACAACAAAGCCACCAACCAACAGCCCACAUACAACAAAGCCACCGACCAACAUCCCAAGUACAACAAAGCGACCAACCAACAGCCCAAGUACAACAAAGCUACUGACCAACAGCCCAAGUACAACAGAGCCGCCAACCAACAGCCCACGUACAACAAAGCCACCAAUCAACAGCCCAAGUACAACAAAGCUACUGACCAUCAGCCCAAGUACAACAGAGCCACUGGCCAACAGCCUGCGUACAACAAAGCCACUGAUCAAUAGCCCAAAUACAACAAAGCUACUGACCAACAGCCCAAGUACAACAGAGCCACCGGCCAACAGCCCAAGUACAACAAAGCCACCGAUCAACAGCCCAAAUACAACAAAGCUACUAACCAACAGCCCAAGUACAACAGAGCCACCGACCAACAGUCCAAGUACAACAAAGCCAACAAACAACAGCUCAAGUAAAGCAAAGCUACUGACCAACAGCCCAAGUACAACAGAGCCGCCAACCAACAGCCCACGUAAAACAAAGCCACCAAUCAACAGCCAAAGUACAACAAAGCUACUGACCAUCAGCCCAAGUACAACAGAGCCACUGGCCAACAGCCUGCGUACAACAAAGCCCCUGAUCAAUAGCCCAAAUACAACAAAGCUACUGACCAACAGCCCAAGUACAACAGAGCCACCGGCCAACAGCCCAAGUACAACAAAGCCACCGAUCAACAGCCCAAAUACAACAAAGCUACUGACCAACAGCCCAAGUACAACAGAGCCACCGACCAACAGCCCAAGUACAACAAAGCCAACAAACAACAGCUCAAGUACAACAAAGCUACUGACCACCAGCCCAAGUACAACAGAACCACCGACCAACAGCCCAAGUACAACAAAGCCAACAAACAACAGCUCAAGUAUAGCAAAGUUACUGACCACCAGCCCAAGUACAACAGAACCACUGACCAACAGCCCAAGUACAACAAAGCCAACAAACAACAGCUCAAGUAUAGCAAAGUUACUGACCACCAGCCCAAGUACAACAGAACCACUGACCAACAGCCCAAGUACAACAAAGCCAACAAACAACAGCUCAAGUACAGCAAAUCUACUGACCAACAGCCCAAGUACAACAGAACCACUGACCAACAACCCAAAUACAACAAAGCCAACAAACAACAGCCCAAGUACAACAAAGCCAACAAACAACAGCUCAAGUACAACAAAGUCAUCAACCAACAGACCAAGUACAACAACAAAUUAUGUUUUAAAUGUAACUUCCAUGCCAUUAAUACUGAUAACCAAUAGCACAGAAUUAAAUAGUCAAAACGGCACCAGCUGGUAUGUUACUGACCUGGGCACUACUGUAACUACUGUCUCGCCUCCUCCAACUACACAACUGAAUGAAAACUCAAUUGCAGAGUAUGUGGAACCAGUGAAAUGUACAGUCAACGAUACAGAUGCAAAGGUUACCUCGCAGUCUAUUUACUUAGAGUGGACCAGUCCAGGCAAUCAAUGCAACUUCAGCUUGACCUGCAGCUCGUAUAACUUUUGGGAAACCUCCUGCAACCCCAUCCAAAAGUCUAAUGAUUCCUAUGAAUGCAUAUUAAGUGGGCUUGAGGCUGGAACAAUCUAUGACCUAAGGAUUGUAGCGCUACGGGAUGGUCAAAUGAAGAAUUUCUCUCUGCAAACAGAUCCCUUGCCACCUUCUCGUUUUGUUGUAAAUAUGAAUUCAGUCACAUCAUCUAGUGUUCAAGUUAACUGGACACCGUCUUCAGGCAAAGUGGACCUCUACAAAGUGAAGUUACUUGAUAGCAAAAAAGAAAUUGUUGAGCAGAUUGAAAUUCCUGGAACAAGCUUAAUAAAAGAAGGGACAUUUAAGAACCUGAUUCCAGGAACCAAAUAUAGCAUUGAAAUAACUGCUGUUUCUGGGAACAAGCGGUCACCAGCAUCUGUGAUCAAUGCAUCCACAGUUCCAUCUCCUGUGAAGAGUAUUGAUGCUAACAGCAGAACAGACCGCAUUGACGCCUCAUGGAAGCCUGGUCAUGGACACAUUGAAAUCUACAGGCUUAUUUUAUUAAAUGAAGAUCGCAAAAUAACACAAGUGAUCUUGGAACAAAAUAUCACUUCAUACAGUUUUCAUGGGCUUCUCCCAGGAUACAUCUAUAACCUCACAGUGAUCUCUGAAGCAGCUGGUCUGAAAGCUUGGAACUCUAAAUUAAUAAGAACAGCUCCUGCAGAAGUGCAAGCCAUAUCUGUGCAAAGUGAUGGCAGGACAGAUGCGCUAAAGGUUCAGUGGAAAGAAGCUCGAGGCAAACUAGAUUUCUACAAUGUCACCUUAUCUGAUAAUAGUUCUAUAAAAUACAGCAGGACUGUGCAUCAACGAAUGCCCACAGAGAUAACCUUUACUGGCCUCAUCCCAGGACACUUUUAUCAGGUCAGCAUCAGCACCAUCGCCGGUGAAUUGAUCUCAAGCAGGAUGGCAACCGGUCAAACAACCCCUGAAAAAGUUGCAGAUCUAAAGGCAUUGAGUAAUGGUUUGAGAUCUCUAAGACUGAGUUGGGUGCCACCUUCUGGAGACUGGGACAGUUACAACAUAGUGCUGUACAACCAUACAACUGUUUUGGUGAACACUACAGUAGAAAGACAUUACAGAGAGUAUGUUAUUCAAGAUAUUGGGCUUAUACCUGGAAGACAGUAUGAGGCUGCCGUUAUCGUAGAGAGUGGAAAAUUUAAAAAUGCUGCUCGCUGCAAAGGCAGAACAGCUCCAUCGACUGUCCUGGACCUUCGGGUGAAGCAUGCCAAUGAAUCCUCCCUUACUAUCAUGUGGGUUAUGCCACUUGCGGAAUGGGAUAACUAUGUGGUUUCACUUGCUGACAGGGAUCUUACUCCUGUAAACAAAGUUCUAUCUAAAGAAGCCAAGGAGUUCACUUUUAGUUAUCUGGCACAAGGAAGAAAAUAUAUAGCCACAGUUACCAGCAUAAGUGGAGAUCUACGCAGUCGUGCUUCUGUUGAAGGAAGAACAGUCCCAGCACAGGUUACUAACUUAAAUGUAGAAAACCAAGGAACAACCUCAAGUUUGCACGCUGAUUGGAUAAAAGCUCCUGGGGAUGUAGAUUCUUACCAAGUUCUCCUAAUUCAUGAAAAAAUAGUAAUCAAAAAUGAAAGUGUUUCAAGUGACAUUAAUAAAUACAGUUUUCACUCUCUGAAACCUGGAGGCCUCUAUUCUGUUGUGGUGACGACUGUUAGUGGAGGUAUCUCAUCCAGACAAACAGUGUCAGAAGGAAGAACAGUUCCCUCCAGUGUAAGCAGGGUCACAAUUAAUAAUUUUGGUCGCAGUGAUUAUCUCAGCAUUUCAUGGCAACCAGCUGCUGGCGAUGUUGACAUCUAUUUUGUUACCCUGUCUCAUCAGAAUAACAUCCUGCCACCUCUAGCAAUAUCAAAAUCUGUCAAUGAGUGCUCAUUUAGCUCUCUUAGUCCUGGUCGACUUUACAAUGUUACAGUAACCACCAAAAGUGGGAAGUAUGAGAACCAUUCAUAUAGCCAAGAAUGGACAGUUCCAUCUGCCGUUCAGGGGCUUGCUGUGAGCAAUGCAGCAAGGAGCGAUUAUCUCAAAGCUUCCUGGUUACGUGCUGUUGGAGACUUUGAUACUUAUCAAGUCACCAUUAAGAAUAACAAUGACUUUAUACAAAUCAAAGAUGUCGCCAACAUGGAGAAUGAAUGUGUCUUUACAAACCUUGUACCUGGAAGACUCUACAGCAUCACUGUUAGGACCAAGAGUGGGAAUUAUGAGGCCAGCGCCAUGGCAAGUGGCAGAACCUUCCCAGAAGCUGUAAAGAAGCUCAGUCUGGCUGAGAGAAGCAGUGAGGAGCUCCAUGUAACGUGGUUCAGAGCUGAUGGGGAUGUGGAUCACUAUGAAAUUCAGCUGCUUUUCAAUGACAUGAAGGUUUUUCCACCAAUCACUUUGAAUAAUACUGCAGACAAAUACAAAUUCACCUCUCUCACCCCUGGGCGGCUUUAUAAAAUUGUUCUGUUGACAUUCAGUGGUGAAGCACAAAGGGCAAUGUUUGUGGAAGCACUGACAGUUCCAAGUGCAGUAAAGAACAUUCAUAUUUCACCAAAUGGAAUGACAAACAGCCUUAAAGUGAACUGGACCCCAGGAGGAGGGGAUGUUGAUUCUUAUACUGUGUCCAUAUUUCACCAUAAUUCUCCAAUUGGAUCUCACACUACAUCCAAACACAUUUUUGAACACACCUUUCAAAACCUGGAGCCAGGAGAGCUUUACAAAGUAUCCGUCCAGACAAACAGUGGUUCAUUACACAAAAGCUUAGAAUCCUCUGGACGUACAAUUCCUGCUGCUGUACAUAGUCUAUCUGCAGAUAAUGCAUACAGUAGUCACUUGUUGAUAGUCAGCUGGCAGAGUGCCAGGGGUGUCACUGACAGAUAUGAUAUUCUUCUUCUGACGGAUCAAGGCAUUGUCAUAACUAAUAAAACGGUGCCCGUCAUGGCUAAGUCUCACAAGUUCGAGGACUUAGUACCCGGCAAAAAAUACAGAAUCCAAGUUUUCACAGUGAGCGGAGGGCUCUUCAGCGCUGCUGUUGAAACCGAAGGACAAACAGUCCCGUCAGCAGUAAGUGAUGUGAAAAUCACAGGGAACAGCACUGACAGUUUAUCUUUCACAUGGAACAACUCAGAGGGAGAGCUGGACUCAUAUGGCAUAUUCCUGUACAACCCAGAUAACUCUCUUCAUGACAGAAAGUCAGGCAACCCAGAUCUUCGCCACUGUUCUUUCCAGGGAUUACUGCCAGGCCGCCUCUACAAAAUGGUGAUAGUUACUCAUAGUGGAUCACUGACAAAUGAGUCUUCAAUCCAUGGAAGGACAGUUCCAGCUCCGGUCAGCUUUUUACAAGUAUCAAACAGAAACACAUCAGAAAGUCUGUGGUCUACAUGGAUACCAGCACUGGGAGAUGUUGACAUCUAUGAAUUGAUUCUUUAUAAUCCCAACGGCACUCAGAAAGAAAAAAGAUUAGACAAAGAUCUUACUGAAAGUCAUUUCCAGAACUUGGUCCCAGGCAGACUGUACACACUUGAUAUAAUCACCCAUAGUGGAGACCUGUCUAACAAGGUCACUGCAGUUGGAAGAACAGCACCCCAGCCUCCUAAUUCUGUAUCAUUUGCUGAUGUGAAAAUCAACUCAUUGUCCAUAAUGUGGCUUGGACCUCCUGACUGGACUGAUUAUGAUGACUUUGAAAUCCAGUGGUCACCAAAGGAUCUGCUGGUGGUGGUAAACCCUUACAGUAUUGGUAGAUCGAAAGGACGAAUCAUAAAUGGCCUGUACCCUGGGCGUCUGUACACUUUCGGAGUUCAAAGUGUCAGCGGCAACACAGAGAAGACCUUUAGCCCAGCUAUUUUUGGAACAGUGAGGACAAAACCUGACAAGAUACAUCAUCUGCAUUGCCGUCCGCAAACUUCCACUGCCAUCGCCUGUUCAUGGACUCCCCCAGACUCAGACUUUGAUGGGUACAGUGUUGAGUGCAGAAGAAAUGGAAGUGAUGAUGUAGAGUUUUCUAAACGCAUAGAAAAAGAUAAAUCAUCAAUCACAAUCACAACCCUUGUACCACACAAGAGAUAUGUGGUAUCAAUCAAAGUGCACUCUGCUGACAUGACUAGUCAAGUAAUUGAAGAUAGCACCAUAACAAUGAUAGAUCGCCCUCCUCCUCCACCUCUUUUAAUCAGAGUGAUUAAAAAAGAUACAUUCAUUAGCAAGUCAUCAAUCCACUUCAGAAUUAAUUGCAGCUGGUUCAGCGACACCAAUGGAGCUGUCAAAUAUUUCACUGUGAUUGUUUGGGAAGCAGAUGGGAAUGACAACCAGAGGCCUGAGGCAAUCCUUCCUUUGCCAUCAUAUGCAGAUUAUAAAUCAAACAAGUCCACCAAUAUUUACCAGACUAGCUAUUUUCCAAGUCAAUGUGCUGAGAACCCCGAAUACAAUAUCCAGAGUUUCAAAAUACAGCUGGGUACAGGAAUGGAACUUUUGGGAGGCAAGUGUGAUCCUCAGGAAAAUAAAUACUGUGAUGGACCACUGAAUCCAAGGACAUCUUACAGAAUAAGUGUCAGAGCUUUUACCCAACUAUUUUCUGAAGAAAUGAGGACAUUCUCUGAGCCUCUGUACAGUGACACAGUCUACUCCUUGCCAAUCACAACAGAAGCAGAGCCUUUAUUUGGUGUUAUAGAAGGUGUGAGCGGUGGCAUGUGUCUCAUAAUCAUAAUCAUUGUUCUCACUGUACUGCUCAUCUACCGACAAAAAAAGAAGAGAGUGUAUGAGCAGGAUCCAAUGACCACACAUUUGAGUUCUCAAAUCGAAAGGAUACCAUCCGUCCAUCUAAAUGCUGGCCAGAUACCGAUAGGGGACAGAACCUUAUCAAGGCCAAUUCUAACUGCCCAGUUUAUCGAACAUUUCAGCAAGCUUCAGACAGAUUCCAAUUACUUGCUUUCUCGGGAGUAUGAGAACCUUAAAGAUAUUGGUCGAGACCAGUCUUCUGACAUUGCCCUUCUCCCAGAAAACAGAGGGAAGAAUCGAUACAGCAACAUAUUGCCCUAUGAUUCCACAAGAGUGAAACUUGCCAACGUUGACGAUGACCCCUGUUCAGACUAUAUUAACGCCAGCUAUAUGCCAGGCAUUAACUUUCGGAGGGAAUAUAUUGCUACACAAGGGCCUCUCCCAGCAACCAAAGAUGAUUUCUGGAAAAUGGUGUGGGAACAAAAUGUCCACAUUAUUGUGAUGGUGACACAGUGUACAGAAAGAGGACGGGCAAAAUGUGAUCAUUACUGGCCCAUGGACCAAGAUUCAUACUAUUAUGGAGACCUGAUUGUGCAAAUGCUGUCAGAAUCUGUGCUUCCUGAAUGGACAAUAAGGGAAUUCAAAAUCUGCAGCGAAGAUCAAAUUGAUGCUCCGCGACUAGUACGUCAUUUCCACUAUACAGUGUGGCCAGAUCAUGGAGUGCCAGAAACCACCCAAUCCCUGAUCCAGUUUGUAAGAACAGUCAGAGACUAUAUUAACAGAACCCCUGGAAGUGGUCCUACUGUGGUGCACUGCAGUGCUGGUGUUGGUAGAACUGGCACAUUCGUUGUACUGGACCGAAUGCUUCAACAAGUUGAUACAGUGGAUUCAGUGGAUAUAUUUGGAGCUGUUCGUGAUCUCCGGAUUCACCGAGUGUAUAUGGUGCAGACUGAGUGUCAGUACGUCUAUUUGUAUCAAUGUGUGAGAGACGUGUUAAGGGCCAGGAAACUGCGCAAUGAACAGGACAAUCCCUUGUUUCCAAUAUAUGAAAAUGUGAAUCCAGAAUAUCACAGAGAUGCUGUUUAUUUAAGGCAUUAAGUAUUCCUCUGAGACCGCCUUCUACAGUGUUACUCCAUAUAUAUCCCCGAGCAAUAAACAGUGCCUUUACUGGUUAGAUUCCCAGUUAUUUAUUUGUCUCUGUCAUUUUGUAAGCUAUAUGUAAUAUAAAUGUACAUUUCAUUAUCAGAUGUGUAUAUAUAUAUAUUGUUUUAUCUGUUUCAAUUCUCACAGUAAAGCACAGUCAGUAAGCUAAGAAAAUGUCUGCAUGCAGGUAGCGUUGCAAUUUGUCUUUUUUUUCUUUUGUCAUGUUAUUUAUUGAGGUGAUGUAGCAGACA